CUGACUGUAAACUAAGGAGUAAACGAUGAAGAUUUGCCUCUCUGUUCAGGAUCCAGACUGAAACCAGUUUCCUCUAAAUGUUUCUUCGACCUCUUUACCAUUUAUUUCGACUCAGUACCAUUGCUCAGUUCAGAAGGUUUGUUUCCAUUCUGUCUUCGUUCGCUGCCAAUGUUUACACGCGUUCUUCCGCCCCUAUGCGAGUUUUAUCGUCUGACCAUAUUGAGUUUUUUCUUAGUGAAUAUGGUCGUGUUUGGUCCACUCAACCCCCAGACACCCACACAUACUUGAGACAAAUAGUUUUUCUUGUUUUUUGUUCUUUCAACUGGUCAACUAAUUCUUCUAUUGAAAUUAAAAAAGAUUUUACACUGACCGCCUGCUACAAUGCAUUGCUUCUUAAAGAGUUAGAAAUACGCUCCAUCUGUAUUAGUCUUAGAAAGGUUUCUCACAUUUUACCCUAAAUUACUUACACUUUUUCUCUUUACCAGGAAUAAAACUUCAUUAAGAGGUGAAGUGCGUAGUAUGUCACAAUCCUACUUGAACUUCUCACAGCUGUUUCAUUUGUAUUUUGUCUUUUAUCAGUGACUAUAACUUAAAGAAGGAUUUGUAUGAUCACAGAAGAAGCCUUGGCUGGACCUGGUUUGAUGGUGUUUGUAGUAAUGAUUGGUUGGAUCAUCAUUUUACAGUGUGAUGUAUGAGAAAAUAAAUAUCAAUGAUAGUAGGCAAUUUUGGUUGGCAAGUUGUUUUCAUGAAGCUGUCAGAGACUCUCAGAGAUUUGUGUUGAAGUGGUUCUUUUGGAUUCCACCUAUACUCUCGUGUUUUAGGACCUGUUGAAAUCUGAUCAAAAUGUGUUUAAAAAUUCAUGUUCACAUCAACACUAAGCUGUCAUUGAGUCAACACUUUUUAGACCAGGCUGCCAUGCCACAUGCAUAAGUUGUUAAAAUGGACAAUUGUCAUUGUUCCAUCCAGGUUAGCUAACCUUAUCAUUUCAGUUAUCAAUCUUAAGAAAUUUUCAGUAGUAACACUCGUGACUCUUAAAUGUCAGUGUUGGAGAUGAAAUCCAUAAAUUAAAUGAAUUUUGCUAAGAUUUUUAGCGUUUCUGAUGUAUCUAGCAUAGGUCUUUGUCAAAGAGAGAGUGGAGAAAACUGUGUAGUUUUAUGUUAGCAUGGUGCCAUGGGAGGAGUUGAUCCAGAAGAGUCUGUGCGUGUUGUGGCUAUUGGAUAUGUGUUUUGAGACCUGAGGGCAAAAGUCUGCACAUUUAUUGUCUUCACUUUAGUUUUAUCGUUACUUGCGGGGGACCAAUUCUUGGCAAAACACCUUUUGGCUGGACACCACAAUUCCAAGCCUCAAUUUUAGGAUGAAGACUUUCAAAUAACUAGGUUAUAUUACUCAGAUUUAAGUUUGGUUAAGAGUCCUGGUUAAGUUUAGCCUUUUGUUUUAGUUGGUUAGGUUUAGGGUGAGGGUUUUCAAAAUAUAUAGCAUCACAUUAUCGAUGGUUUUGUCAUGCUCACUGUAAAAGUCAGUGAUCAAGGGAGAUGAAGAAGAGAGUGCAGGCAGGAUGGAACGACUGGAGGCGGAUGUACAAGGCGAACUGUGACAGGGGAGUAUUGGCAAGAGUGAACGGGACACUUUCUAGGACUGUCGUAAGAACUGGCAUGAUGCAGGGUUCAGAGACAUUCGGUCAGAAAUGGAUUCUUCUGAGGCGCAGGGCAUGUGGAGAAAGUUUAAGGCAAGAGAUGGUUUGGACACAUAGAGAGUGGACGUGGUGAGCAGAGUUAUGCUUCUAGUUUAAAGAAAAAAUGAAAUGUUGCUGUUGUUUACUGUAUAUGAGCUGUUGCAGUUCAAUAUGUGAUUUGUUUUAGUGGUUUUAGUUUGCAGAGCGGCUGACUAAAUAAACAUCAUGAGGUCAUGCCAUGGGUCGAAUGAAUUAUAUUUUCUGUUGGAUGAUGUCUAAAGUUUAAGAAGCCUUUGUCGAGGGAAGACAGGAUUUGCAUAUUAGCCACUGAAACAGGUUUCUAUGGGUGGGUGGAGUUGUCAUUUAUGGUGGGGGUUGAAUCACCCACCUAGGGGUAAAGCUGGUUUUGGCAUCUCUUGAGCAGGUGUACUCAGAGCUCCUGCUCACUCUGUAACAACAUUUGAGGACAAUAACAAACAGCUACAAACAGGGUGGCACAUUGUUUGAACACUUGCUAUUUACAGCUCCACACUGAAAAUGCAUGUAUGCAUAAGAAAAUAUUUUACAGUGCACUCGCUUAGCUGCUUUACAUUUCCCUCCAGCCAUUACUCUUUGCACAUGAACGGCGUGUAAAACUUGACGUUCUUCACGCUCCGUAAAUCAUGUGGUCCAUCUGUGCUUUCCAACAGCGAAGAUUCAGGUGAACAGUUUCCUUCCUCUUUGCAACAAUGAUCAAAUAUAAACACCAUGGGACCACUUAUUUCGUUAAAGGUGGUUUACUCGAACUUUAUUGCAUCACUGAGUGGCCCUUUUAGAUCCGAAGGACAGUAGAGACGCAGUAAAAUCCACCAGAUCGCCGAGCUUCACCUGAAGGGCAAUAAAUCCGGCUGGUGACAGACUCUCUCGUGGGCGGACUCCAGGCACUCUCCGUGUACACAUCGCUUAAUCGACUCCAGCUCACUCCAAACUAAUUGGUUUACCAGAAGAGCUGUGGUUUAAUGGGGCAGACACACACUCGCCGAGGGCUAAUGGCUAGCAAACACAGCGGCUGCCAUCACCGAGGGCCCAUUGACUGGCGCGGGGGCCCCAGAGCUUCUAAAUGGUGUUAAAUGAUGCAGUUACAACUGUGUAAUGGCCACAUCUAAAAAGUCCGGCGGCUGAAAAAGACUCUGCAGAGGAAAUAUCGUGUUUGAUCUUUUCAUCCAAGUUUCCACGACAACGUUCCCAUCAUGUGGCUGUUAUCAUGUGGGGCGAUCGAUGAGUGUGGCCGUCUAUAAAAUCUCUCAAUUUUAUAUUGUGAAUAUAAAUGGGCCAUUUACUGACUCAACUCUGUCACCACAGGUUUAUUAUGUGUACUGUCGGCGGACACAAGCCAAAGACACUGAACAGGAUGACAAGAUGUCUGCUUUGUUAUAAGGGGCAACAGGAGUCGCGGGGGUCAUGUGUCCUAUGGAACAUUGAAGUGACAGCCAUUUAAAAUUUGUGUUAUUUCCCCCCUUUUAGUCUAUUAUAUAAAUAUGGUGUAAUUGACAAAAAAAAAUCCAUGAAGCUAAAAAGUACACCUGGUUUCUGGAAAACCAAAUCACUGAGAAGAAACCAAAAAAGCUUUCUUUUUUAAACGCAUAUGUAUAGAAAAAAAAAAAGAUUACAUCCCAAAUUGAGUAUACUGACACUCAUUUUACAAUGUUGAGUUCAAGCAAGAACAGCACAAAUGUGCCGCCCAAAAAAAAUCUUUUUUUGUUUUUGCUAUCUCAAAACUAUCAUUAUAAAGAAAACUGAGAACCAUUAAGGUCCAUUACUAUUAAAGCUAUGUCUUCAAAUGUCUGUUGAAAACUGCACUAUGAUGAAGGAGGUGUGUCUGUGCUGUUGCAAGUUACACAGAUUUGUUUUCACUGCUGAGUCUGACUUUGUUCUGUGGAGAGGUCUGUCUUCUUUGAACCCUGGAAUCAUGUUGUGAAUGUGUGCUGUUGCUUUGAUGCUGUCUAAACAUCAUAUAUACUGAUUUACUGAUGCCAAUCCUGCAUUUGAGAAGCUGGAAAUACCUCUGUUGUAGCUGGCUGCACCGUUUACAUGCCUCACUCUCCUUUUCCCUCCUAAAUUUUAAACAUCAGCGCACCGGGAUGACUUUUCAUUUACACAUUCCAAAUGACUAUUUAUCCGGGCAAAUAUUAGUCAGUCAGUCUGUCAGCAUCCAGUCACACACUCUCAAAGCUCAAAACAUGGUCGUGUUUGGUCCACUCAACCCCCAGACACCCACACAUACGAUGAUGAUGUACACAUGAUGUCAGGUCUGACUGCCAUCUGGAAUGGAACAAACUUGGAAUCUGUUUAAUAAAUCACACAUAAACCUGAUUUUGGAGCAUGUAACUGCACUGGGGCAGACUCUGCCAUAUCUCCGUUGCGGUGUGCCCUCCAUCCACCAUUCAUUGGAACUAUCCAAGGGUGUUCAGAUGUCGGCUUCGCGGAGCAGAUUCAAACUUUCAAUCCACACUUUACUGACCGCCCCGUUCUCUCCCACCAGAGCCACUGCUGCUGUUGACAUGUGGGGAGCAGUCUGCCACUGCAGCGAGUGAGGCGCUCCACAAAUGACUUGAGAUCCUUAGGAAAGUGAAAUAAGUCUGUACACAAGUAUUUUCAAAUAAAUACCUACAACACAUAUCUAAACAAAAAAACAUGGAAACUGUCGCUACAAAGGUGCUGCAUUCCUGUUUACAAAACUGGAAGGUCUUCUCCAGCCACCUCAUUUCCAUCUUAGAGCCUUGUUCAGUGCGGCACACAGACGCAGUGUUUUGUUGUUUAUGAAUUACAAUACUUUUGUUAUUCAGGUGUGCUUGAAAAUAUGACAUAUAUUUAUGACAAUUACUUUUGGUUUACAAAACAUCCCACAAAUGAUCAAAAAACAGAACUCUAAGCUUAAGACGUCCCAAAUGUUUCUUUUUUUGUUCGUGUUGACAUUGUGACACGCUGAGCGGUUUAUUAUUGUUUUGCAUGCCGGCUACAUUAUGAGACAUUACCUCACAGAGCUUGACUUCACUGAAGUUUCAAAUGUCUUCAGCUAUAGAGAGAUUUAUAUACCUAAUCUAUUGAUGAUAUAGUUCCAUUAUUACACAUUAAAGUACUGACAUUUUAUGUAGCAGAGGUGUUUUCGAUAGUAAAGGUCCAAGGUCAUUCACUGGCGUUGCUUACUUGGUCUAAUGGGAGGGCGGGCUCAGCAUGUGCUCACUGUUUACCUAGAGAUUUUACUGCUUGAGGUUGAACUAUACGACCGAUUUCGUCUCCGUGUGGACGGGGCCUAAGUGAAACUCCACGCAGGCUGCAGACUGCUCUGAACCUGGAGGUGCGACCAGACCAAUAGCUCCAGCUCUGCAGAGUCACAUGGUCCCACAGUGACUCACCUGCCGGAGCCUCAGGGCCGCGCAGUCUCAGCGGAGCAGGUGAAGGGACGCAGCCGGCUCCUCGCAGCCAUGAAUCGCGAAGACCACUACUACCCGACUCAGGUUUUUAAAGAGUCGUGCGUGUACCAGAGACCCCAGGGAGAGGAGUACAGCCACAGCCCGCCUCCGUGCCUCUACAUGGGCCGAAACUCCGUCUACUCUCCGCCAUCUAUGGCGGUUCUGGAGCCGGCCGCUAUACCUGACAUGACCCCCGCUUACGGUCUACCGGUGCGAGAGGAUCCGGGGGUGCCGCACCUCCAGCAUCCUCUGGGGCUUCAGCAGCAGACGCUCCCGGUGAGCGCGGGAUAUGGAGACGGAGCGGAGGCCGGCAGAUAUCACCUUCCCUUCCCCUGGAUGAAAAGCACCAAGUCCCACGCACACACCUGGAAGGGACAGUGGGCAGGACCGUACGUGAUGACGGAGGUGGAGGAGAACAAGCGCACGAGGACGGCGUACACGCGUGCGCAGCUUCUGGAGCUGGAGAAGGAGUUCCUGUUCAACCGCUACAUCUCGCGGCCGCGGCGCGUGGAGCUGGCGCUGACCCUCAGUCUGACCGAGAGACACAUCAAGAUCUGGUUCCAGAACCGCCGCAUGAAGUGGAAGAAAGAGGAGGACCGCAGGAGAGCGCGGGCCACCGACCCGGAUCAGGACUCCUCCAUCACCUCCGUGGACCAGGGAGAGAGCGCGGGCGGGGUGACGUCCACAGCCACCCCGCCGGUCUCCCCGCUGCACGGCCUCGCCAACCACCGGAAGCCCGUUUAGAGCAGAACCAGACUCUAGGACUGCGUGUUGGCUGCACUGACCGGCAGCUGAGGCCGUGACGGGAACAGUAUUUCCAAGAACCUCUUUAACACCAUCGGACCACAUCGAAUUUUGGAGUUGCUCUGACACUUAAAAGCACUUGUUUUGCUUCUGAGAACACUAUUUGGCGUGUGAUUCUAAAGUCAUUAAUAUGCAGAUUAGAAAGGUGUCUUUCACUCACGUGGGGUGAGGGUCAGGGGACACCCUGGACAGGCUGAUAGUCCAUUGCGUCGAGUCACCCGCUACUCCAGUCCAUUUGGACUUGAGGGAAGUUGGUCCUUCCUGGCAGAAUCUGGCUUCUGAGAUAGUGUUUUACAUCUGAGACACUUCCUCUUCACUGUAAUGAAACACUGAACGCUCCUUAAAGAAGUGUCAGUGAAAUCCCACUCUUCUCAAGCAAUACUCCUGCUUCUAUUUAUUGUGCCUUUCUAUGAUGAUAUAGCUGAAAUAUGUGCCUUCAUUUCAACUUGUUUACAAUACUGACAUGGUCUUUUCGGAGAAUGUGUUAGCUAUAGCGUAAUAAAGGGAAUAUAUUUGUCA